GAAAACCAAAGAAGAACUGAAGAACAAGACUGAAGAGAUGGAGAAACAUGUAGAGACACACACAUAAACACUAUCAUUAUGUUAUUGAGGACUGACCUCUGAUCAACACAACUGUGACUUUGCUCCAUCUACUGGUGAAAUGAUAUAACUGCAGGUUUUCUUCUCAGGUUAAUGAACUAAAGGAGGAGAAGAAGAAGCAGCAGGAGGAGAUGGAGACCAGAAACAAAGAGAUGGAGGAGAUAAAAGAUGAGAACAGCAGCAGCUCAGUCAGUCAGGAGACGUCAGGAGACAUCACUGUGUUUGUUCAUCCCAGCUGCAAAUAUAUCAGUCUGAGAAACAAGUCUGAUCAGGACAAACCACUGGGAGGACGUCAGUUAAAAGUCCAGAUCAACAAUAGUGAACCCAUCACAUACACAUUUGAUCCAUCAGUGAAACUCAAGGCUAGAGACAAAGUUACUAUAUACCAUCCAGACCAUAAGCCUCGUUUUGCUGUCUCUGGUUACCUGGUGUUGAAGGAGCUGAAGUCCUGGUUGCCUGGAGACAUAGUCCAGGUCUCUCUGCAGUGAAAUAGUUCCCAGUUGAACUCCUUCAAUAAAGUUCAGUAAUCCAGCAAACAGCAACAUUAUAGAUGAGAAACAGCACGACUCAGAUCUUCCUGCAGAAA